GAGUGGGGUUGUACGGGACGUUCUUCUGCUCGUCCCUGUCUUGAUCAUUCGUCGUCUGUGAAUUUGUAGUCCCUUUGACGGGCUUCUAACAUACCAAAAUGGCUCUUCUGUCUCUACGUUUAGCUUCCUCGAUUGCGAGACAACUACCGAAUUCUACCAUUCAGGUGAAAUGGCCUCUGAGUGUAGCUUCCUGUAAAUAUCAUGUAUCUUGCAGUCGGCGUUCUGCUGAAAUUUCUUCCAUCUUGGAAGAUCGUAUUCUUGGUUCAGCCCCAAAGACCAAUUUGGAAGAAACUGGUAGGGUGCUUAGCAUUGGUGAUGGUAUUGCCCGUGUUUAUGGGCUGAAGAACAUUCAAGCAGAUGAGAUGGUAGAGUUUAGUUCAGGGUUAAAGGGUAUGGCUCUGAACUUGGAACCUGACAAUGUAGGUGUUGUCGUAUUUGGUAAUGAUAGACACAUCAAAGAAGGAGAUAUUGUUAAGCGUACAGGAGCUAUUGUUGAUGUUCCGGUUGGUGAUGAAUUGUUAGGACGUGUUGUAGAUGCAUUAGGUAAUCCCAUCGAUGGUAAAGGACCACUUAAUAGUAAACUGAGAUUCCGUAUUGGUACUAAAGCACCUGGUAUUAUUCCUAGGACGUCCGUCAGAGAACCUAUGCAAACUGGAAUUAAAGCUGUAGAUUCGCUAGUACCUAUCGGUCGUGGACAGCGUGAAUUGAUUAUUGGAGACAGGCAAACUGGCAAAACUGCUCUUGCUAUUGAUACGAUUAUUAAUCAGAAACGAUUUAAUGAGGCUGGAGAUGAAAAAAAGAAACUGUAUUGUAUAUAUGUUGCCAUUGGUCAAAAGAGAUCUACAGUUGCACAAAUUGUAAAACGUUUAACAGAUUCUGGAGCUAUGAAUUAUACUAUCAUUGUUUCGGCAACUGCAUCCGAUGCUGCGCCUCUUCAGUAUUUGGCCCCAUACUCUGGUUGUGCGAUGGGAGAAUUCUUUAGGGACAAUGGAAAACACGCUUUAAUUAUAUAUGAUGACUUAUCGAAACAAGCUGUUGCCUACCGACAGAUGUCUUUAUUGUUAAGACGACCACCAGGUCGUGAAGCUUAUCCCGGUGAUGUAUUUUACCUCCACUCUCGUCUUCUUGAACGAGCAGCUAAAAUGAAUGAAAGUUUGGGAGGUGGUUCGCUAACAGCUUUGCCCGUUAUUGAGACACAGGCUGGUGACGUGUCUGCUUAUAUUCCUACUAAUGUUAUUUCCAUUACCGAUGGUCAGAUUUUCUUAGAAACAGAAUUGUUUUACAAGGGUAUUCGUCCUGCAAUUAAUGUCGGUUUGUCAGUAUCCCGGGUUGGAUCUGCUGCCCAAACAAAAGCUAUGAAACAGGUUGCUGGUUCUAUGAAAUUGGAAUUGGCUCAGUAUCGUGAAGUAGCAGCUUUCGCACAGUUCGGUUCCGAUCUGGAUGCUGCUACUCAACAGCUAUUAAAUCGCGGUGUCAGGUUAACAGAACUUUUGAAACAAGGACAAUAUGUACCAAUGGCUAUUGAAGAACAAGUAGCCGUAAUCUACUGCGGUGUCCGUGGGUAUCUUGAUAAAAUGGAACCUACAAAAAUUACUGCCUUUGAAAAAGAAUUUCUUGCCCAUAUUAGAGCUACUCAACAAGAUCUUCUUAGUACCAUUGCUAAGGAAAAUACCAUUAGCGAAGCCUCUGAUGCGAAAUUAAAGCAGAUCGUUACUGACUUCCUUGCGUCUUUCUCAGGCUAAAGUGUCAGUAUCAAUUAAGUAAUAAUUCUCUGCUAUGCAAGAGAUAUAUGUGCAAAUGAUAUUCAUUGUUGUAAGAAGUUUUAAUGUAUGUCACUUGCACGUUAUAAGUAUCAUUACAAAGAAUUCCACAUUUGAAUAUUAAAUCACGAUAGUCUUAUACAAACGCUUAAUUACCUUACAUGUUAAUUGUUAACAAAGGUAAAAUACACACAAUUUUGGUAUUUAAACAGUUGCUUCUCCUGUAACAAUUUUCGAACAUAGCAGAAGCGGGAGGAGCUUCGGAAGAAAAUGAGUAAUAAAAUCGUAAAACUUUUUCAAA